CGUCUGUCUACGAAUCGUGUCCCCAAUCCAGCCAAGGUCUUCGCCGCCGGAUCCUGGUGCCAGACACGGCCUGCUGAUUAUCGAGAUAUGCUUACCCUCUCUUAUUUGUCCUGUUCCGCUGGCGUUCCACCAUCGGGCCCCCUCGCCUCCGUGCCAACACAUCGGGACCCUGACACGCCGAUUAUCUGAUUUGAUUUAUCAGAUCAGGCUGUUCUCGCUGCUCUUGUGGUUUCUUUCAAUCAAAACCUUGACCACCUUCCUUGUUCCUUUCCCCUUCCCCCUUCCCCCUUCCCCCUUCCCCCUUCCCCCUUCCCCCUUCCCCCUCUGAUCUUGAACCGUUUCACGCAUCCUCUUGCACUUGCUCCCCCCUCCAAACGCUCUGCAAUGGCCGUCGACGUUUUCUCCGUGCCCGUGUUUCUAGUCGUCUUCAGAGAGUCGCUGGAGACCGUCAUUAUCGUCUCGGUUCUGCUCGCUUUCCUCAAACAGACACUCGACGGGCCCAACAGAGAUCUGGCCGUGUACAAAUCCUUGCGUAGACAGGUCUGGCUCGGCACGGGAAUCGGUUUCCUAAUAUGCCUGGUCGCCGCGGCUGCCGUCAUCGGCGUCUUCUACAAGCUCGGCCGUAACAGCUGGGAGUCUCACGAGCUGUAUUACGAAGGCGCAUUCUCCCUCGUUGCCGCCAUCAUCAUCACCAUCAUGGGUGCUGCCCUCCUGCGCAUCGGCAAGAUGCAGGAGAAGUGGCGCGUAAAGCUCGCAAAGGCCAUGGAGAACCCCGUCAAGACCGGCGUCGGCCGGGGAUGGCUAAAGCACUUCGCCGAGAAGUAUGCCAUGUUCAUCCUCCCUUUCAUCACUGUUCUUCGGGAAGGUAUCGAGGCUAUCGUCUUCGUCGCCGGCGUCUCCUUCUCCGCCCCGGCGACCGCCGUGCCGCUUCCGGCAGUUGUUGGCUUGCUCGUCGGCGCCUUCGUCGGUUAUCUCCUGUACAAGGGUGGCUCUACCGCCAAGCUGCAAGUCUUCCUCGUCGUCUCGACGUGUCUCCUGUAUCUCGUGGCGGCCGGCCUCUUCUCCAGAGCAGUUUGGGAUUUCGAACAGCAAGAGUGGAACAAUGUCGUCGGUGGCGACGCUGCAGAGCUCGGGAAUGGCCCGGGCUCGUAUGACAUUGACAAAAGCGUCUGGCAUGUCAACUGUUGCAGCCCGGAUCUGAACGGCGGCGGCGGUUGGGGCAUCUUCAACGCCGUCUUCGGCUGGACGAAUUCCGCGACGUACGGCUCCGUCAUCGCCUACAACGUCUACUGGAUCUUCGUCAUCGCAUGCUUCUUCGUCAUGAGAUUCCGCGAGAACACAGGCCGCUGGCCACUGACGAAACCCAAAGCUUUCCCAGAGGGCGACAGACGCGUUUCUGAUGACCACAGUGGGAGCGAGGAACAAAUCGGAACGUCUGAAAAAGACAAGGGCCCAGCUACCACGAAGACGUUCACCACUUCUUCUUGAUUGGCUCGGUGGUGCCCUCCCCAUCUUGCCCUCAGACGUCGGCAGGUCCUUCGGCUCGUGUGUAUAUAGCGACAACCUUAGCAGAGGGCGAAGCUUCUUUUCCGAUUUGCUUGUAUUCUAGGACACGAGCAAGUCAAAUGGUCCAUCCCGACAAAGGGAUCACUCCGGGCUUGAAUGUGUGGUUUUCGAACGAGACCACUGUAUAAGAGCGGCAAUAACAAGCAUCGAUAUAUUGUUCCAAGACCCACUUUCAUCUUUUACAAAGAAAGCCAGGCAGAUCGUGUAUGCAUACGAGUUCUUGUGUGGCUCUGAA